UCUGACUUCAGUUUUAGUUUUCCCUUCAGGCAAAAUAUACAAACAUUUGGUUAUGAAAAAUUAUUUGUGAUAAUAAAAUAAAUUAAUAAAAAAUGAGUACAACGUCUAAGAGGCCGGCUUCCCAACAUUCGUCCGUACCUAGCGAGACAGUUGUUAAAUUAUCAGAUGAUGAAGAAUAUUCAACAAAACCCGAAUUUAUUUACGGUGGACCGUUCAUAAAAGUGGAAAAACCAUGUCCAUUUUUAAAUACAGCUACUCCAAUGAACGUUCAACUUCAGGGAACUUUCAAAAAGAGUUUCGCCUUCUACUCCCUGAAGGAACGCUUACCGAUCAUUUUGACAAAAGUUAUCGAUUACUUGUCUCGUGAAAGUUCAAAGAUAAAGUCCGCAAAUAGCGCUUCUGACGAUGACAUACGCGGCUACAUCCAAUACAUAACAAAACUCAAAAAUGAUUUAGUAACGAACAAGAUGUACGAUCCCUUAACAGUCGACACGCCGGAAGCGAGGAAGUGGAACGAAUGGAUUUCAAAAGCAGAGAAUCAAUAUUACUUUACGAAUAUAUGGGUGUUUUCUGAAUGCUACGUGUACAGGAGGCUUAGGGAAGGUUGCGAAUUGAGCAAAGGUCUACAAAACUUCGAUCCCUUCGAUGAGCAAAAGGAGAAAUCGUUUACGAACAGCUUGGAGCUCAUGUGUGUCGUCGCGGACAAGCUGAUGACCAUGCUCUCACCCAGUGACAAGGAUAAGCGGAAAGCUGACUUCAUGACGCUUUUGAAGAUUUGUCUAUGGGCUAACAAGUGUGACCUGUCGUUGUCUCUGGGUGAACAGGUGACGUUGAACUCGGCUGACGGAAACAAUACUGUGAAAAAGAUCAUAGACCCGUUUCAGAUAGUUAACGAUCUUAAGGACAAGUUACUUGUGGACGACACUGCGAAGAUCAGUGACCUAGUUGUAGCGAAGGCUGAAGCGAUGGCCAGAACUAUUGAAGGGUGUUGUGAGGAAGCGAAGCCCCCCGAGGAGGGGGCGGAGUCGGCGGAGGGAGAGGCCCAACUGGUUCCUUGUCCGGGGAAGUUGACCGUUCCGAAAACUGUUAUGUUUGACAUCGUGUGCGACAACGCUGGAUACGAACUGUUCGGGGACCUCUGCCUGGCACACUUCCUCGUGUCGCAGAAUAUUGUCAAAAAGGUUCGAUUCCAUGUGAAAAAGAUACCGUGGUUCGUAUCUGACGUCACGCCUCGAGAUUUCAAAUACGUUAUAAGGUCCUGUGCAAAAGCCAAUUAUAGUCGAGAGAUUCCGGUAGAAAAUAAACCAGAAGACGAAGCAGAAGCGUCCGAACCAGAAGCGCCGAGAAGCGUCACUUCCAAUAAUUUGUCGAAUCUGGGCGAGAUUUGGACCAAGUUAGUGGAAGAUGGCACAUUCGUUGUUAUGUGUGACGACUUCUGGACCUCGCCGCACGUUUACAAGGACAUGAAGACAUACGACCCGGACUUGUACCGGAAGCUGCAGUUCGCGGUCGCCGUCAUGUUCAAGGGGGACUUGAACUACAGGAAGCUCUUGGGUGAGAGGAACUGCAACCCAACCCUGAGCUUCGAGAGCGCUUUGCAAGGGUUCACACCUGCGCCGCUGAUAGCGGUGCGGACGGUGAAGGCGGACCUCAUCUGCGGCCUGCCCAGGGGGAAGUGGGAGCAGCUCAACGGCAUCGACGACAAGUGGAUGGAGAAGGGGGACUACGGUGUUAUCCAGUUGUGUGCGAAGUCAGAGGCUCUCAAAGUGUCGGAGCGUCCGUGCGUACCCGACGGAGAAAUCGAGGACGUGUAAAUCAAUUUUUCUAGAAAAUUAAUUCCAAGAAUUAUGCGGAUAUCACCAUAUUUGCUUAUAAAGCACUUUAUCUACUUUAUUUUUAUUAUAUAUGUACAUUGUUGAAAAUAAAUCUCUUGAAACUAA